AUUUUAUUAACCUAUUAUGAAGAACUUUUAUAUUCCUUUGUAAAUUUUAUUUUUUCUUAUUUUUCUUAAUCUUACGAUGGAGCGUAGAGAAACGAAAACAUUGAGUUGCAAAGUAAAAGGUCCUGGCCCAGUUUACAAAUUGCCAACAUUAGUCGGCUACACUGACCAUGAUCCAUCGCGUCACAGAAAUCCAGCGUACACCAUCCGACCUAAAACUGGUUUAAAGCCUCUCUUGAUAGGACCUGGCCCACGCUACAAUGUGUCGAAAUUAACCAAAUCCGGGCAGGAUAAUCCACCUGCUUAUUCAAUUAAAGGCAGAGAAGCAUUGGGAUUGCGACACUUGGGACCGGGACCAGGGACGUAUUCUCCUGAGAAAUGUCCGCUGAUAAAUCACAAUCGUAGAGCGCCAGCUUACAGUAUCAAGUCGCGACAUGAGGCAGUGUUGUCGGACGGGGUGCCAAGUCCGAAUUCAUAUUCUCUGCCCACGUGCAUAGGGCCCAAGGUGCCCGAUAAGCCGGCACAGGGCGCGUUUUCUAUUACUGGUCAUCACGAGAUGCGAGAGAUUGUCAGAGGUCCGGGCCCGGCCGCGUACGCCAAGUUGGACUACAACUUGGUGAAACAUCGGGACCCCGCGUACAGUCUGAAAGGACGACACUUCCUGUCGGAGAAGUAUCGCAGCCCGGCGCCGACCUUUUAUCCGCUUUACGAUACGCAAAAGCGCGCGCCCAUGUACUCGUUCGGCAUAAAGCACAGCGAAUGUGCCGGCUUACCGAUCAUACAGCAGGACGAGGACGAUUGAUUCUUCAUCUGGAAGUACCUCGCAAAAUAAAGAAAAUAAAAUUAUUUAUUGUACUCGUCGAUGUUAUAUCAUGUUGUGUUAUUAGUCGCGUAAUAAAUCCGU